AUGCCUCAUUGGCCAAGCUACUCAGGCCAAUGGGAUUCACAAAGUCACGGAGAAGGUGACCCAUCAAGCUACCUACCGCCGCAUCAGCCGGCCCUGCAGACUAUGGAAUCAACGAGCCACAGCUUCGGUCAGCCCUUGGGCAAUGAUUCCGGAAUGCCCCACGCGCCAAGUGCCCAUAACUAUCAUGAUUAUACCUACUUGCAGGAGCCCACACGUGGGAGCCAGGUCCAGCCCGGUAUCAUAGCGCCCGAUGGUUCUCACUUGCAAGAUCCCGCGGGCAGCUACGUGAGCCUACAAUCUCAGUUACAGCUUUCUACAGGUAGCACGUUCAAUCAGCAGCCUCUCGCGGCCAAGCAGUCCGAGUAUCAUGUUUCUUCCAACGUUGUCGAUAACGUUCACCAUGGACCAGCUCCUACUGGCACACUCCUUUAUCCGACUUCUUGCGACUCGAGCACGAGUCAAGUGGCUUUUUCCCACUACGGCUAUCACAAUCCUUCUGCAACUGGUGGCCAGCAUCAGCCUGAAGUUUCUGAUCUCCGGCCAGCGGAUGAUACAUCUGCCUGCGCUGACCAUCAGCCCCCUUACUCGCAGAACCCCCAAGCUUGCAGCCAGUAUCUGCAGGACGGCUUGUCCAACUUGAACGCAACCCAGUGCGCCCCGCAGAGACCAGCUUUUCCCCAAACCUCCUCUCAUCCGAUCUCUUAUGAACCGAGCACGAGUCAAGCGACUUCUCCCUACGGCUAUCAUCAUUUACCUCCUGCAGGCAGUAGCCAGCAUCACCCUGAAGCUUUUGAUACCGGGCCAUCACUCAAUGCCUACUCUAACUCUCACCCUCCUUACUCGCAGAAUCUUGUGGGUGGUAGCUACAACACACUAGUCCAAUUGGAACCGGCGUCUUCUACAUCUAGCGUAUUUCAGCAAGCUUACAGCCAGUAUCCCCAGAGCGCCCCGCAGGGACCAGUGUUUCCCCCAACCUCCCUUUAUCCGAACCCUUCCAAUCCGAGCACAAGUCAAGUGGCUUCUGCCUAUGACUAUCGUGAUUUGCACCCUGCAGCUGGUAACUCUAACCAUCAGCCUUCUUACUUGCCGCAAGAUCCCGCAGGUGGCAGCUACAACCAUCUAGCACAGUCUGAGCCACUGCCUUCCACCCUUAGCACAUCUCAGCAAUCCGUGGGCGAGGUUCUUCAUGACGGCUCCUCCAACAUAGCCCAAAACGCUUCCAAUGUGUCAACUCUUUUCCCGACUGCCCUUGAUCCGAGUACGAGUCAAGCUCAAUCAAGUUGGUCGGCUUUGAGCGCCCCCAGCUCAACCGACCAAGAGCAACCCGGAUCUCAAGGUUAUAGUGCAAGGAUGGACAGGAGCAGACAGGCCCACCGGAAGCUCGAACGCGUCAAACGGGUAAUUUCUACCACCUCUCAGCCAUACCUUUCCUCAGCACAAAGGCAGGCUAUUCAAACGACCACACCUUUGCCAAUCAAAUCCUUAUUAGUCGAUAAGGUGAAGGCGGAGGCUUCAAGACUCAUGCACGUGUCUCUACUUCGGGAAACCCUGUAUCCGACCAAAGACAGAAUCGAUGAGUUAGCCGAUGCGGCGCUCGACGAUGCGAUUACUAGCCAUAGGAAUGACGACAACGCCACGGCCCUCUCGCAAUGGAAGUUAAGAACGGAAGGCCAAGGCACUCUUAUCCGGCUCAAAGGGAUCAUCAAACAGGUUCAUAAGGACUCCCAGGGCAAGAGUUGUGCUCGGGGGUUGGUGGCUGGAGCUUAUGAUCUACCCGUUAAGAUUUUGUUUAAGAACACGAACAAUAUUGCACAAUCACGCAAAACGGAAGCGUCAGUAUUGCUGUUGGAUUAUGAUUUUCUUGAUACCAUCGUUCAGCGAGAACAUGGUGGGCAACUCCAGUCAUUUCGUGUCCCAUUCGGGAACCGUACUGUCACCAUCAUGACAGAGUACAUACUGAUCGAUCAGGGGUAUCGUCAAUAUAUACCCCUCAAGACACUCGAUGACUGGAAACCUGGGCUUCGAAAUAUCUUCGCCCUUUCCGCAGCAGCCUGUGAAUUGGAAAUACGGCAAUGCGCGGAGACCGGCUGGUUCAAACCUGUAGAUCUGUACGCUCAGGGAAGCAUGAUCUAUCAGAGAAUGACGGACCGGAUGGACUCAUUGGAAGGAACUGACCUAGAAGAAUUUCGCGGACUGUUAAACUUCAUGCAUCGUUUACUGUUAACAGCCCCAGCUGUUUGGAAAGAUCGCAUGAGAGAGCGCAAGCAUCUUGAAGAUUAUGCUCUCGCAUUCUCCAUGCACUUCGAUUCAUAUACUGUCUCUUCUGCUCUGCGAACUUGGCAUUGGCAGGUCUAUACAAUUUACCAAACCCGCCGUGCCUUCGCUGUUCAAUGCAACCUUGCUCGUGUGCAGUAUGAUGCGCUACUCAAGUGGCGCAUCCAGCUGAGGGCGAAGAUGAAGCUGCUGAGACAAGCUCGAUUCGUGGAGAACCUCAUUCUUCAGCGAAGGAUUUUGAAAGCUUGGAAGGUCAAGUUUGAGGAACGCCAAAGGCAGAAGAAACUUGAACACCUCGAGAUUCGUCGACUUCGCACUUUCAUGACAGCAUGGCACCAGAAACAUCAAAGAAUACGAUUCCGCCGGCUGGCAGCGCAGCAAAUAGAUGACCUCCAAAUAAAGCGGGAUGCUUUAAGACUCUGGACCAACCGUGUCAUUGAAAUCAAGUUGCGGGAACUGGAAGUCAGCCAGAAGAACACUCACACACUAACAGUCUUCGCCUUCAAGAAGUGGAAGAACAUAUGUUUGCGCCACGUUGAAGACCUGAGCCUCAUGGAGAGUCAUCUUGAUAUCAAACGGGCUGAGAGCGUUCGCUGA